AGUCUUGAAUCAAAGGACUCAUUUAGAACGUUAUCUCAUUUUUACCGUUGUUGUGUUGUUGGCUCUGUGUAUCGUUUUUAUAUACCUAACGUUCUCCAGAUCUCAAGGAAAAUUAUCGGUGUGUUUGUCUCCGGAAUGUGUUAAAACAGCAUCAUCUCUCUUAAAUGCCAUGGAUCAGACGGCAGAUCCGUGCACGGAUUUUUUCCAAUACGCCUGCGGAACUUGGAACAAGCGCCACGUUAUCCCAGAAGACAAGAGCAGCAUCAGCACUUUCGAAGUGAUGGCCGACGAUCUACAAGUCGUGCUAAAAGAUCUGUUGGAAGAACCCACCAACUCUUUCGAUAACAGUGCCACUAUCAAGGCCAAAACUUUUUAUCGUUCUUGCAUGGACAAACGUCACAUAGACGAAAUAGGCGACAGACCCCUGAGAAACGUCAUCGACCGAUUAGGAGGAUGGCCCGUAACCAACGCAAAUUGGUCGGAAGGUUCGUGGACCAUAGAGAGGUUAUUGGGCCACUUACGAGGAGACUAUAAUCACGGAAUCAUCGUAGAGCAAUGGGUAGGACCCGACGAUAAAAACUCUUCCGUUAACAUCAUUCAGUUGGAUCAAACUUCUUUCGGAUUGCCGAGCAGAGAUUAUUUUCUGAACGAGAACAGCGAAAGGGAAAGAAAAGCCUACCUACGUCUGAUGAUCGAAAUAGCCGUUUUAUUGGGAGCAGAAAGAGAAUACGCCGAACAAGAGAUGCAGGACGUUCUCGAUCUGGAGAUAAAACUGGCAAAUGCCUCCAUGCCGAAGGCCGAACGUCACGAUAUGGGAGCCAUAUAUAAUAAAAUGCCUCUUUACGAAUUAAAAGAAAUAGUUCCGGAGUUCGACUGGCUGGAUUAUUUGAAUAUCUUUCUACCCACGACUAUAACAGAUGAAGAACCAAUCGUUCUGUACGCUUUGCCUUAUUUAAAAGAGCUGAGGAAUAUACUGAGAGAGACAGAACAGAGAACUAUUCAUAAUUAUUCGAUAUGGAUGUUGAUAAAGCAGAUUUUGCCAUUUCUGGUGGGAGAAUACGCCCAAAAACGGUCGGAAUUUCGAGAAAUAUUAUACGGAGUGUCUGCGGAUAGAGUUAGGUGGACAAAUUGCGUGGAAUUAGUGAACAAAAGAAUGGGCAUGGCCGUGGGAGCGCUCUUCAUCAGGGAUAAUUUCGAUCCCAAAAGCAAAGAAACGGCACUCGAGAUGAUUCAUAACAUCAGAGAAGCAUUCAACGAAUUACUGGAAGAAAAUUAUUGGAUGGACGACGAAACCAGGGCAGUGGCUAAAGAAAAGGCCAACGCCAUGAACGAGAGAAUCGGUUAUCCGGAUUUAUUAACCAGUCCUGUGGAAUUAUCGAAAGAAUACGAUGCGCUAAUCAUCCACGAACAACAUCUUCUGAUAAAUCUCUUCAAUGUUUUAAAAUUCGAAGCAUCGAAGAAUUUAUUAAAAUUACGUCAGCCGGUUAACAAAGACAGAUGGACGACCGAACCCGCUGUAGUAAAUGCAUUUUAUAAUCCAAACAAAAACGAUAUCGUUUUUCCGGCUGGGAUAUUACAACCGUUAUUUUACAGCCAGCACUUCCCAAAAUCGUUGAAUUACGGUGGGAUCGGAGUGGUUAUAGGCCACGAGAUUACACACGGAUUCGACGAUAAAGGUCGGCAAUUCGACAAGGAGGGAAAUUUAAAGCAGUGGUGGAAUAACGCAACCAUCAAUAGAUUCCGAGAGAGAACCCAAUGCAUCAUCGAUCAGUAUUCCAGCUACGUUCUAGAAGACACAAAUUUAAAUGUGAACGGGAAAAUGACACAAGGCGAAAAUAUUGCCGACAACGGAGGUCUAAAACAAGCUUACAGGGCGUAUAAGAAAUGGGUAAGCAGAGAGGGAGAAGAGUUAGGAUUACCGGGAUUAAAUCUAACGCAUGACCAAUUAUUUUUCCUUAACUACGCACAGAUCUGGUGCGGCUCGAUGAGGCCGGAAGAAGCCAAGAAUAAAAUAAGAUCGUCGGUACAUAGUCCCGGUCCUAUCAGAGUUCUAGGGCCACUUUCCAAUUCUUUCGAUUUUGCCAAAGCCUACGACUGUGUUCCUGGUAGCAGGAUGAAUCCGGUUAAGAAGUGUUCCGUUUGGUAAAGUGAAAUUUUUACAAC